AUGGAGAAGAAGGCAGGGGAUGCCGAGAUCGUUGAGGAGGAUCGGGGGAGGGCGGCGUCGAGCGCAUCAACCUCGUCGAGGAAGAAGAGGUCAGCCGUCGAUGGCGCGUCAGGCGCAUGCCUGUGCGACAACGUCAUCUGCUACAUCCUCGCCUACCUGCCGGCCCGCACCGCGAUCGGAUGCAUGGCGCUCUCGAAGCGCCACCGCGAUCUGAUCCGCAGCCCGGAGUUCCGGAGCCUCCACUGUCGCCUCGGCGCGCCGCUUCCCCGCCCGCACAUCGCGUACAUCGCGACCGCGUCGUUGCGGUACAAACAAUACCGGGGCCGGGUCAGCGAGUUCCACGGCUUCCACGUCGCCGGCGCCGGCGCCGGGAUCAGCAGCAGCAAUGCUCCCAUGCGUGCGAUCUUCGGAGACAGCUACCUCGGCUACAGGUGCGUCAACACGUGCAACGGCGUUGUGCUCCUUGCCACCAACGACUACUCCCCCCUGGGCAGGUGCGUCCUCUGGAACCCGGCCGUCGCCGACGUCGUGCGGGAGUUCACCGUCCCUGCAGAUACGUCCAUGGAGGGCGGUAACGUUAACUAUCUAGUGCUGGGGCUGGGUUACGGCCGCCGGAGUGAAACGUACAAGCUUCUUUUGUUCCACAUGGACUACACGCAUUGGAAGCACUCGCUGCAAGUGUACGCACUCGUCGGCGGGCAACCAAGAUUAAGACCGGCCGUAUCAUCGCCGCCGGGGAUAGACGGAGCAAUCCAGAGCCACUCUACAUGGAUGGCACGGUCUACCUCCUCGACGUCGACAGGAGAGGCGCCGCAACAAUGCAAAUGCAAAAGAUAUAAUGGAGGCCUGAAGCCUAUCCGUGAUAAAGACAGCAGGGAAGGCCCCAAGGCAAUUCUAGACACCGUUUCCUUCAUGGAGUUCUUGGUAUCCAUCAUGCGAAAGCUGCCCGAUGUUUCUGAGAAUGAUUCAGAAGAUUCCGAGGACGAUGAUAUGCGUGGUGUUGUCAAAAUUCGAAUAGUUUCAGGUUCAGAUUCAGAUUAG